AUGCUACGCCACUACAACAAGCAUAUCGCCUCUGGUGGUUUAUUGAAUACCUACCCUGACGAUCCUUGGUUUGCAGCAAAGGGUGGCAGACCAUACUUGGAUAUGAAUGAAGUGUUGGGUGUCUCCACCAAUUUGUCUACCAAUCAAGGCAGCUCUAUGGGAUACAGUCAGAUAGAGUCCAUCAUUACGACGACUAGAAAGAAGCGUCUCGAAGAUAGUGGCAUAUCCGUCCUUCGAGACGAGGUUUUAUCUCCAAGUCGAAAUACUGUAACCAAUUAUGGUGGAGCUUUGUCAAUGCUCUCAGGAAGCAGCUGUACUUCCCGGGUUAUAGCCAAGACACCCACAAGAGAAACUGCCGAGAACUCAAUGCGCUCUGGUAUGGAUUUUGCGAGCCUUGUUGGAUCUACUCUCUAUAUGCCAACAGAAAGAGAGCUUCCAGCGGUUAGAACAUUUCUCAAUGAUCAUGCCAGUGAUUCUCAAAAGUAUGUCUACAAGACCAUCAGUGCCUUGCACGAGGGGGCUCCUCUGUUGCCAGUCAAAAAGGCAAACAUUGCUUCCAUGGAUGAUACAACAGAAUGGUUAGUUGAAGGAUUGAACAAGGAGAACAUUGACAAGGUUCGAUUCACAGCUACUUCGUCCUAUACCGGCAAGGGAACGAGAUCACUCUAUCGAACUACCAAAGAAUCUAUGGCAACCGGCAUUAGAGUGAAGCUCAGCAUAGUUAUGACUGCGGAUGGCACUACAGCCCCUCUAUUUGUAUCAGUUACAGGAUUGAAUGAGAGAGAGUUGUUCAAUGAAUCUGGAGUUGAGAUUCUAGAAAUACCUGGUCUAUGCAUUGGAGGCGGAGGUGUUACCGCCGGGAAUAGAGAGAUGGGAUAUGUUGCUUUUGUAAGAAACAAUGGAGACAAGAUGACUGACAGGGUCAAACAUGAGGCAUUCACAGAUAGAAUUCUCAUUCCCUUCAUGAACUAG